AUGUCAGUUUAUGAUAUUUUCGAAAGAAUUUUGCUAGAUGAAGACCAGCCGAGCGCUCCACCUGGUAGUCCCAUCGAUAGGAAUGAUCGAUUAAAGAAUUCGAAUUGGUUCGAGACUCAAUUAGCAUUAGCUUUGUUCAUUGGGAUCAGUUCUUUCUUGAUCUUUUGUUCGGCUAGAAUUCGGUUCCCUGCUACAUUCUCAACUCGAACUUAUCUUCGUCAUCAAACAAAUUCCCUAGGAUUCUUCUCCUGGAUCUUACCUACUCUUAGAACUCCUGAUUCGACUAUUCUCAACAACAACGGUUUGGAUGCUUUAGUACUACUCUAUUUCUUCAAAUUAGGAUUUUACUUUUUCCUUACCAUUGCCAUCCUCGCUUUUUUGAUACUCGUACCCAUCAACGUACAUGAGAAUGGCACAACAGAAGGUGUACCAGCCGAUCCUACACCUCCCUCUCAGAACUUUCUCCAUCAUGAUAAAUCAGUUCAGCUUCGACUAGUAGUUCCUAUCAAGACCCUGACUCAGCAUCUUACUCUGUAUCAUAUAUCACAUCUAGCAUUUACUUACAUCUUCAGUUUAAUCUUACUUCGGUUUUUACAGCAUACUUACUUCAAGCUUAUCAAUAUCAAACCUCGUGUUGGUCUCUCAAAUUCAAGUUCGUCUCUUCGUACGGUUCUCAUUGAGAAAUUACCUGCUCAUCUUCGAAACGAUCAAGCUUUGACGGACUAUUUUGACCAAGUGAUUGACUAUCCUGUUCAAUCUGCUCACGUUCUCAAGGAUGUCACUAGUUUGCUACCUCUCCUCCAAUCUAGAACAUCAGCACUCAAACAACUUCAACGAGGUUAUCAGAUCUAUCAGCAAAAGUCUUCUGAACCAUUCGACUCGUCAGCACUGGCAACUCAAUCUAGAUUUCGACCUCGAUAUCGUCCAAGUUGGUUUAGUCUUAAAACUGUCGAUUGGAUCGAUCAUUGGAAAUCUGCAUUUGAUGAAGCAGAUCGUCUUGUCCAACAAAGAAGAAAAGGAAAAUUCAAAACAUUGUCAUUUGCCUUUGUUACCUUUAAGAAUUUGGAUCAUGCUCAAAUCUUAUGUCAAACUAUCCAUUGGCCGAGACCUGAUCAAGCUCUGAUCUCAUUAGCACCCGAUUCAAGAAACAUUCAGUGGUCGAACAUUGCUAUCUCAUCUACAUGGCUUCGUCUGCGUCAGACAGUUGUCUGGAUCUUAAUGGCUCUUCUUUAUGGGUUUUGGGCCACUCCGAUUUCAUUUUUAGCUAAACUGAUGUCUUAUGAAACAUUAGUGUCCUGGUUGAGUCCGGUCGUGGUGGAGCUGAUCGAGAGAAGUAAUGUUGUAAAGGCUUUGAUCCAAAACUCCUUACCUACUUUAGCGAUCAUCAUCUUCAAUGCUCUCUUACCAACCCUAUUGGAUUGUAAGAUUGAAACCUUUCCUAAUCUCACGCUCACCAUCAGGAUUGUCAGCAAUUUACUUACCUGUUGGAUUUACUUGUUGAUAGGGUUAUCCACGUUUCAAGGCUUCAAAUCGAGGAGUGAGAUUGAAUAUUCUCUGCUCAGGAAAUAUCAUCUCUUCCUCCUUGUAACUGUACUAUUCAUUUUCGUGGCUGUCUCGACAUUCUCCCUCUUGCGAGAUUUACGGGACAAUCCAGGAGGGCUGAUUGACAAACUAGCAACCUCCUUACCUGGUGCUAGAAACUUUUUUAUCUCUUAUCUCACCCUUCAAUCACUCGCUAUUCUUCCACUUCAACUACUUCAAUUGCCUACACUUGCUUUAAUGCCUUUCUAUAAUUACCAGAACACGUUGGAAGUCAUGAGUCUCGGCACAAUUUAUCCACAAGCCUUAUUGGCCUUCAACAUCUGUAUGGCUUACUCGGUCAUUACUCCUGUGAUACUUAUCUUCGGGUGCUUAUACUUUGGUAUGGCGUACUUGGUUUAUAAGUACAAAAUCAUCAACAUUUAUUGUAGACCAUACGAAAGUAGGGGUGAGGCAUGGCCUAUUGCGUGCAAUAGGAUUGGAUGGGGUUUAAUAAUUUUUCAAGUCUUCAUGCUUGGACUUUUGUCCCUUCGACAAGUGUUCUUGCUUUCGACUUUGGUUUUACCCUUGAUAGCUUAUACAAUCUGGAGACUCUUUAAACUAAACCAGGUUUAUAAGAAGCAUCUCAAGUUCAUCAGCUUGUCUCAAAUUCGAGAAUCUUCGGUUGCAAUGGAGCCCAAUACUGAUGGUUCAGAUCAGGAGGGUAAACAUCUAGUUGCAAUCUUCAUAGGGAUAGUAGAUCAUGAUGAGACCAGACCAUAUGGUCACCCUGCCAUCACAGGCCGAUUACCCAUGCCAGAGGUACCUGAUGAAGGGGUCUAUCAGCCAAUUGGUGAAUGA